AUCCAGUAGUCCGCACACCUCGCUCUUUCAAUCCGCCAUGCCUACAAAUCCAAAGCACCGCUAUUGUACCUAUAUUUCCUAGCUCUAGCUUCUUACUAUUGGUGUGAUUUCCUCCUCCCUCUACUCCCAUCAUCUUACGUUGCUGUGCUGUGUAACGCCGUUAUCUCCGCGAUAAAGCACACCAUAUAUAUCGCCGCGCAGCUGCAGACGGGUGGCCGUUAUGGCUAUUAAGCCUAUUGAUCCUGUCUCCGAUAUGCGAGUGGCGCGUAAAACGGCGCUGCUGAAUGGGCAACCAUAUCAUUAUUUGUAUGGGGAACCGCAGGGUCCGUCUAAGGGCACUGUGUUCUUGAUUCACGGAUGGCCCGAUCUGUCAAUGGGAUGGCGGUAUCAGAUUCCCUUCUUCCUUGAGAGGGGUUUCAGAGUUGUGGCGCCGGACUUGAUGGGCUUUGGGGGGACUGCAUGCCCGCGAGUACCGCCAAAUAAGAUCAAUUUGUUCGGCUACAAGAGAGCUGCAGAUGAUAUCGCAGAGCUAGCGAGGCAGCUUGGUGCUCCGAAGAUCAUACUGGGUGGACACGACUGGGGAGGAUUCGUGGUCUGGCGAACUGCGCAAUGGCAUCCUGAGCUGGUUUCUCACGUCUUCUCCAUUUGCACGCCAUACACAGAGCCGAAAGAAAAGUUCUACCCAACGGAAGAUCUCGUGAAGGGACCAGUACCACAGUUCGGAUACCAGCUGCAUCUCGCCGGUCCCGAGGUCGAAGCUCACAUCCAAACCAAAGUUCAGAUCAGGCAGUUCCUCAAUGGCAUGUAUGGUGGCAAAGGACCAAACGGUGAGGUGAUCUUCUCUCCGGAGAAGGGAAUCCUGUUUGAGAACCUACCGAAGGUUGGGAAGUCCAGGCUGUUCAGUGACAAAGAAAUGGACUACUACGUCGAUGAAUAUUCCCGGAACGGAAUGCAUGGAACCUUAAACUGGUAUCGCCAGCGGAAGGAAAAUUGGGAAGAAGACCAAGCCCUUUUGGGUGAGAGGAGCUACAUCAAAAUCCCGACAUUGUUCAUCGCAGGGAAGUUCGAUUCAGUCCUGUUACCGUCCAUGUCAGAAGGAAUGGAAAAGUAUUUAGCGAAUCUGACGAGAGGAGAAGUCGAAGCGACGCAUUGGGCCCCAACGCAGAAGCCAGAAGAGGUCAAUGCGAUCAUAGGAGACUGGUUGGAUCAGGUAGGGUUCGGGAAGAAGAGCUCGUUGUAGACCACGUUAAUCAGAUCUCGGAAUGAGGUCGAUUUGAUCCUGGCCGCAGUUUCCCAUCAUUGAAGCGAUGAGGAUGAUUCCCUCCCUGACCAGAGAUUGCGGCUCAAGGCUAUAUCUUGGUAUUGGUCCGAUGUCGGGACCGGCAGUUCAGGCAGUGUAUGCAAAGACGAACCUUAACUCCAAAAGAAGAUGCCUGGCCACACGUGGUGCAGGAUUAGCUCUGUUUUUUUCUUGCCCUGGUCAAUAGUGAUGGGAAAGAAAGAUGCAGCUGAUAAAGAGUGAUUAGAUGCAUGAAGUACUAGAGAUGUUCC